AUGACGACCAGCUCCCAUGACUUCCUAGAUGUCGACAAGCCCGCUCCAAUGCCCAGACAACAUCGCUCGCGAUCAAGUGGCUAUGUCGAUCAGCUUGAGGAACAUGCGCGAAGGGACAGGCGUGAGCGUGAGCUGCAGAUGAGGCGCUAUCACGAGAACAGUAGACACUCAUCUACUGCCUACCAUAUAAUAAAGUCCGAUCAUCUUUGCGUCCCAGUGUUCGAGACAGCCAGGCAACCUCGGGACAGCGAACAAGUUGAGCAAAGGCGUGAGAGUCAGUCGCCGCGUAGCUUCCGUGUAGAAGAGGUUCGUCCAGGGCCAAGACCAGCAUACAACUACAACCUGAACACUGAGCCUGUCCUGCCGAGCCAAUCGCCAACAAAGCAUGAGUGGAAGCCGCACCAACAUUCAAGCAAGCCGAAAAUCAAAGUUCAAAUCAUCCAGGACCACCCACCGAUUUUUGACAAAACAUCCGCACGCACGCCAAAGCGGAGUCCGAGUGCGAGUCCGAAGUCAUCGACCGCACAGCCAGAGUUGCCAUUCCAGUACUCGACGUUGCAGGUAAAGCUCGCUCAAAUCUGUGCCGUCUGCUUGCCGUUCAAGGACGUCGAGCCUGCCGACCCACGCGAUCUGACGUUCGAAAAGAUCGCAGCGCAGGUCGAGGGGUUUGGAUUUGAUCUGCGGAUAUGGAGUCAGGUUGCGAACGUGAAUGGACUUGCCAUGGUCGAAAAGAGCAAGAGGAACGUCGCAAACGCUGCAUCACGUAAUCUGGCUCGCUUGAUCGUUCGGGUGUCUGAGCUACAUGAUGCAUGCGCCGCAGCAAAACCCCGGGAUCUAAAGUUGCCUUCACUGCCCACUGUGACUGACAAGGAAGACGAAGAGGAGCUGUAUGAUGAUGAUGAAAGCGAAGACGACGCCAACAUCGACGACCCCACGGAAUCUCCAGGCUUUGUGAUUCACUCGCUGCUUCACAGCAUCGAAGUGCAGAUCCAGACACUGAAGCGCCUGUCACGGUCACUGCAAGAAGCGACGCCGGAUGCAAAGGACGAGGUUGUAAACGUCACUAGGCUGGUCGAUGAGACGGCGCAGUAUUUUGGCUCGAAUACCGCAUUGCAGCUUCAUUUGAUCGACUCGAGACUCUCAGGACGGAAGGCGUUGGUGGCGGCACGUCGCGCAUGUAGGAUUGUGUAG